AAAGCAGGAGUACGCGUCACGCACUCUCAAUUCCCCAUUAUUCCAACAAUAAAGAGCCGGCUUUGUUUAAUUAUUUGGCAUUUACUCGGGGAAGAUAAUCCAGGGCUUUAUUUCAUCAGUCUCUGUGCUUCGAUUCAUUCGAGUGACAAUCGGUUAUCUGCGGGUUUUUCUUUUAUUUAUUUGUUUUCUUUUUUUUUUUGACGUACCGGUGCUUUUGUGAUUUCGUAAGACAAUGGAGGUUUUACCGUGCCCAGUUAAUGUCAAUUUCAGUAACAGUAGAGCUGGAUAUGUGACUGACGAAUUGGAUGGUGCCUGUCAGGCACUGGCCAAGAGGCUCGAGGUCGAACUACGGGCUGCUAAACAUGCCCAGUUGACGUGCGGUGAGGUAUUGUUACCGGCUGAUCUCCUACCCAGAAUAGCCAAAGAUGUUCUGACAAUGGCAGAAAAUGAACCCUGCGGUCUCAGAGGAUGUACACUGUUUAUCAACUUCGAAACGGAUAGCAUGUGUCGGAGACUAUCGAGAAUACAGUGCGAUCCCAACACAGUGUCGACAUUCGAACUCUAUUUAACUCUGAAACAGGACCACACAUCGUGGCACAUACUCCUGCCGCAAUUUCUCAAAAAUCUCACUCGUGGUGGAACGAUAAUGAUCAGUCGUGAUUUCACUCUGGAAAAGAAAAAACUCUACAGAUCAUAUCAGCAGGAGCACUGAAGUAACUAUCGCAGUUGAAAAACACAAGUAUUUGAAAAGAAAAAAUAAAAUAUGGUUCGUCCUUGUUUUAACCAUAAAAACAACAAAGUACGAUGGCUGAUCAGUGGUAUUGUCUAUCCAGUGACUCAUCGAGACAGCAUGUGAGACUCAGCAUUUCAAUUUUGAAAUGAUAAAGAGGGAAUAUGUAAGUUUGAUUAUUCAGUCAUCAUUCGUUUUUGAAAUAUCGUUUAUAUUCGGUGAAUCAAACGAUGAGAAACUUGUGAAAGGGAAGGGAAAGUUAAUCAGCGAGAUAUUAGAGGGAGAGAUAUUUCAAUGUUUGAUGAUAAUAUUUCGUGCCUCGAAUUCAUUUUAUUUAUUUUUUAAUGUUAGUUUGAGGAAAAAGAGAAGUACAUUGUGAUAGCAAUUUGAAUGAGGGAGGAAAAAUACAAAUUUUAUGUAGUCAUAGUCAGUUUGCUCUUCUACGAAGGGUUAUAUAUCAUCAUUGAUAAAGCCUCAAUGAGACUUGUAAAAAAUUAUAAUUAUUAUUAUGGUAAUAAAAACGAGAAAAAUCAUUUGCCACGUGAUAUUCAAGUGUUUGGUGAGGAAAAAUUGCAUUUGCUAAUUGAUGAAAGUUUUAUCGCAUGGAGGCAAAUAAAUCCACAUGUUUUCAUGAAAGAUUAAGGAGCAGUUAUUUGCAGAACAUGAGCAACGAUGUAUUUACAUUAGAUAUACCAAUACACCAAUAUUCAUGAGGAAGUUACUGCACACCACUGAAUGUGCAUAUAUUACUCUCAGUUGCUAAACACUCAUUCAUCCUUUCAAGAUAACGAAAAUCAAUAUUUUUUUCAUCAUUUCAGUUGAUCUGCAGUUUUUCUUUUAUUAUCUCGUUAAUGGAUUUUUUUUUUUUACUAUUUUUGUACUUAGAUAAAUUGACACUCGAACUGCAUUUUUUUGCAACGUUUUGCCAUAAAAUUGCACGGUUAGGGGAAAGAGAUAUUGGAAGGAAUUUAUCAUUUCUUUUCGGUUCAUUUAUUUAGUUCGGUGUUUGGAGUAUCAACGAACGUGGCAAUUGAAAAAUAAAAAAAAACAAUGAGUUCAUUUCGUUCUAUAUCACUUGAAAAUGAACAUAAGUUAUGCCAAAUUGAAUUGGUGGUUUUUUUGUGAUAUUACCUAAAUGGAAAAAAAAA